AUGAGUCAGCAGCAUGGACAGACUCGCGUCUUCAGAGCUGAGCUUCUCCGGAGACAGACUGUCUGUACUGACGCCGCGCUCCGUGCGUGGCCCGGAGGACCUGGGCGCCCUGGAUCACAUGGUCAGGAUGACCACGAGCCUCUAACAGCCCUGUCGUGGCCCUCACGUACCAGACCGUGUGCCCCUAGAGCUCCCUGUGCAUGGGGAAGAGGCGGCUGGCGGUGCAGGAAAUCCUGGCGGCUCAGGAAAUUGUGGCGGCGCGCCUCGGGGUGGGGAGGUAGGCGCAGGAGGCGGACGAAGCGGAGGGCGCAGAGCAGCACAAGUGGUCCUGCACAGCCGCCGCAGGCUCCCGGGAGGACUCCCCAAGAGCAGGCCUCCCACCUGCCCUGCUGCUGGUAUCCUGGGGCUCCGCCUACCCCGCCCAGCGGAACGCCAACCUUCUGCCCCUUCAGCGCCUGCGGCGGAGCAGCUUGCAGGCGGGCAUGGUGGUGCCCCGGGUCCGCCUCAGCAAGGCGCCGGCGCCCACCUUCCAGCCCGCGAGGCCAGCGCAGAAGGGCAGCACCAAGGACAAUGGCCACCUGCGGAUACCCAAGUUCCCCUACAAGGUGGCCAAGGAGGAGAAACCGGAAGCUGAGGAGGCAUAGAAUAAGCACCAGGCCAAGGUGCAGGAGAAGCUCCCGCCGCCCUGGAAGAAGAGGACGUGAGAGUCUGCGGGUGCUUGACACGGGGUUCGAGGACAGGGCCUGGGGUCUGGCCUUACCCCAGGAGAUUCUGUUUCACCCACAACAGACUCGCUCCACACCGGAGACCUGGUCACUGCUGACAGCAGGGAGAGAAGCAGGCAGAGGGGCCCAGCACGGCCCUCCUGCAUUCAUAAAUCGUAUUUUCCAACGAACAUCACGAACUCCAUUUCCUGAUCCCAGGAGGAAGCUCGGGUCUCAGGAGUGGUCAAUGCUGAGAUGACAAAGCUAUUGAAAUUCUGAUCUCCAUAGUUUUGAGGUCUCUAGUGUUGCCAGGAGACUGUCAGGAGAGAGCUUGAAAAGAA